ACUGCUGCUAAAUAGCAGUUGUGAUCAUCAACAUUAAUCAGCACACGUUGGGUUCAGACACCCCAGUUGCCAGUACCCUUGAUCUGACAGUGGCUUCUGUUCGCCAGUCCCACGUGAGAAGAACGGCUCACCGGGAGGCCAUCCGCAGCAGGGCGAGAGGCUUCCAGCGCCAUGUUCUGCACGAAGCUGAAGGAUCUCAAGAUCACAGGGGAGUGCCCUUUGUCCUUACUGGCGCCGGGGCAGGCUCCCAAAGAGCCUGCAGAAGAGGUAGCAGGAAGCUCAGAGUGUGGCAAAGCAACUCUGCCCAUCUGUCAGGAUGUUCCUGAGAAGAAUGUACAGAGAAGUCUUCCUCAAAGAAAGACCAGUAGGAGCCGAGUCUACCUUCACACUUUAGCAGAGAGUAUUUGCAAACUGAUUUUUCCAGAGUUGGAGCGGCUGAACCUUGCACUUCAGAGAACAUUGGCAAAACACAAAAUAAAAGAAAGCAGGAAAUCUUUGGAAAGAGAAGACUUUGAAAAAAUAAUUACAGACCAAGCAGUUGCAGCAGGAGUUCCAGCAGAAAUCAUCAAAGAAUCUCUCGGUGAAGAGCUUUUUAAAAUAUGUUAUGAGGAAGAUGAACACAUCUUAGGUGUGGUUGGAGGAACCCUCAAAGAUUUUUUAAAUAGCUUCAGCACUCUUCUGAAACAGAGCAGCUACUGCCAAGAAGCAGAAAAGAGAGGCAGGUUCGAGGAUGCUUCCAUUCUAUGCCUGGAUAAAGAUCACAAUUUCUUAAAUGUUUACUAUUUUUUCCCUAAGUGAAUCACGUCCUUGAUUCUUCCUGGCAUCAUUAAGGCAGCUGCUCACAUAUUGUACGAAACCGAAGUGGAUGUGUCACUGAUGCCUCCCUGCUUCCGUACUGAUGGCAGUGAGUUCGUUAAUCAGCCCUAUUUGUUAUACUCGCUUCAUGUCAAAAGCACCAAGCCAUCCCUGUCCCCCGGCAAACCCCAGUCCUCGCUGGUGAUUCCUGCUUCCCUCUUCUGCAAGACUUUUCCUUUUCAUUUCAUGUUUGACAAAGACAUGACAAUUUUGCAAUUCGGCAAUGGCAUUAGAAGGCUGAUGAACAGGAGAGACUUUCAAGGAAAGCCUAAUUUUGAAGAGUACUUUGAAAUUCUGACUCCAAAAAUCAAGCAAACCUUUAGUGCAAUCCUAACCAUGUUGAACAUGCAGUUUGUGGUCCGAGUGAGGAGGUGGGACAACUCUGUGAAGAAAUCUUCAAGGGUUAUGGACCUCAAAGGCCAGAUGAUCUACAUUGUCGAAUCCAGUGCAAUCUUGUUCUUGGGCUCCCCCUGCGUGGACCGAUUAGAAGAUUUUACGGGGCGAGGGCUCUACCUCUCAGACAUCCCGAUUCACAAUGCACUGAGGGAUGUAGUGUUGAUAGGGGAGCAGGCCCGAGCGCAGGACGGCCUGAAGAAGAGGCUGGGCAAGCUGAAGGCCACCCUGGAGCAAGCCCACCAAGCCCUGGAGGAGGAGAAGAAGAAGACAGUGGAUCUCCUGUGCUCCAUAUUUCCAUGCGAGGUUGCACAGCAGCUGUGGCAAGGGCAAGUAGUGCAAGCCAAGAAGUUCAGUAACGUCACCAUGCUUUUCUCAGACAUCGUUGGGUUCACUGCCAUCUGCUCCCGGUGCUCGCCGCUGCAGGUCAUCACCAUGCUCAAUGCACUCUACACUCGUUUUGACCGCCAGUGCGGGGAGCUGGAUGUCUACAAGGUGGAGACCAUUGGCGAUGCAUAUUGUGUGGCUGGGGGAUUACACAAAGAAAGUGAUACCCAUGCAGUUCAGAUUGCACUGAUGGCCCUGAAGAUGAUGGAGCUCUCUGAUGAAGUUAUGUCUCCCCAUGGAGAACCUAUCAAGAUGCGGAUUGGACUGCAUUCUGGAUCAGUUUUUGCUGGAGUCGUUGGCGUUAAAAUGCCCCGUUACUGUCUUUUUGGAAACAACGUCACCUUGGCGAACAAAUUUGAGUCCUGCAGUGUACCUCGGAAGAUCAAUGUCAGCCCCACAACGUACAGAUUACUCAAAGACUGCCCUGGUUUUGUGUUCACCCCUCGAUCAAGGGAGGAACUUCCACCAAACUUCCCCAGUGAAAUUCCUGGAAUCUGUCAUUUUCUGGAAUCUUAUCAACAAGGAACAAAUUCAAAACCAUGGUUCCAGAAGAAAGAUGUUGAAGAUGGCAAUGCCAAUUUUUUAGGCAAAGCCUCAGGAAUAGAUUAGCAAAACAUACACCCGAUUAGUAGUCUUGGGUUUUGACUCCUACAAGCAUGUGUGGAAUCUCUGAAAGCACUUUACGGUUGCAGAUGACUAAAAACAGUAUUCAAAUUUCAGGAACUAAGUCACCACCUACUUUUUCUUCCAUUUGACGUGACAAAAAUGUAUUCACUUCAAUACUUCAAGUCUUCAGAGGAAAAAAAAAAAAGGAAAGAA